AUGAACAACCAAUCACCAUCACAACAGAUGACCCAAAGGCUCGAAGCUCCGCUUCUUCGCGUCCGUAAAUUUCUCAGACCGGAUGCCACCCCAUUGACACCUGAAGCUAUUGAAGAAAUCAGAAACGCACCGGAAAAUAUCCCGAAUGCAUGCCGUGUGAUGUGCAAAAAGUACCAUAUAGGUACGAAACGGUAUAACGAUAUAAUUAAUAAUCGAAUGCCUUCUGAACCAACUGAGGAGUGGCGUCAUAUUAUUGAAUCAGUUAAUAAGACUUGUGUAGCAUGGCCCUCUUUAAGGCGAUAUAUUUGCUCUGCAAAGCCACUUACGCAAACUCCUGAUAGUGCUGGCGGUACCGUUGAAACUUUUACCAAGUUGGACACAAACUCAGAGGCUUUGCUGCCGUACGGCCACGAGGCUGUGGUACCACUCCCAAAUGGACAAGUCUCUAUG